AUGAGCACGCUUACCAAAGACUGUCUGUCGGAGCACGACCGGCAAGUGUUAGAAUCUAUCCUAAAUCCGUCCCAAAUCGGUGGUGAAGAGUAUUUGCUCCAGGAAGAAGAAAGGCAUCUGGACGAUCCGCAAGAUGUGAAUGUCGAUUUAAAUCCGCGCAUUAGCGAAUCCCAACGAAUGGAACUCGAAGCGAUUGGACUUGCUGGUGAAGGGAAGCUUCCGGAGGCGCUGGAGUUGCUCAAUAAAUCAAUCGACUUGGCUCCAGAACGAGCUGCACCCUGGAACAAUCGUGCACAGGUGUAUAUAUUGCUCGGGAAAGAAGAUGACGCACUGCUGGACAUCGACCAAGCGCUGGAGCUUUCCAACAGCACGGGCCGAACAGGAUGCCGAGCACUGUGCCAGCGGGGCAUAUUGAAGCGGAAAAAUAACGACAUUGAUGGCGCUCGGGAAGAUUUCGAUCGGGCCGCAAAGCUCGGUAGCAAGUUUGCACGCACGCAGCUGAUCGAGCUGAACCCAUUCGCCGCACUGUGCAAUCAGAUGCUGCGGGAGGUUAUGAAAAUGUAG